AGGACUCUCUCGUGCCAUUAAUGAGUUCAUUUCUCUCCUAUACAUAGUUACUUAUCCUUUGUCUCUCUCACUCCAAUCUCAGUCUUAAAAAAGAAAGAAGAAUAAUUUAUUUACCCAAACAAUGGAUAGAUUGAUAGUGUUGUUGUUGUUGUCCAUUUGUGUGAUCCCAGCGCUUGUCAGCGCUCGCUACUUUGGGAACCCACUUCUAGUCCGAGGCCGCGUCUACUGUGACACUUGCCGUGCUGGUUUUGAGACUGACGCCACCCCUGGCAUCCCUGGUGCCAGGGUAAGAAUUGAGUGCAAGGACAGGGAAACUUUGCAGCUUAAAUACAGCAUUGAGGGGGUGACUGACUCAACCGGAACAUAUAAUAUCAUGGUCACCGGUGACCGUGGGGACGAUCUUUGUGAUUCAGUGCUUGUUAGCAGCCCAGAGUCUGAUUGUGCUGAAGCAGACCCCGGGCGUGACCGCUCUCGUGUUAUCCUCACCCGCUACAACGGUAUCAAUUCAGACACCCGCUUUGCAAAUGCCAUUGGAUUCUUCAGGAAUGAGCCCAUGUCAGGAUGCACCCAGCUGCUCCAGAAAUAUCAGGAAACCGAUGAUUAGGAUAAUUGUUGUUGUUGUUGUUUUUUUUUCACAAAACAUUUAGUCUGAAUGGUGACAGCUACUUGAUGAUGGUAUUGUAUCUGUGUUUCAUUAAUUGUGGUUUUUUAAAAACGAAGCUUGUUAUUGUUCAUUUCAAUUAUCUCUACUACUGAUAAUGCAAUAUAAGUUGAGGAAUUAAAAGUCACGAAA